CACGCCUGAUCACGUCGUCACUAGGCAAAUUAUUGAAUUUCAUAUUCCUAGGACAGACUAUAUCAAAGUCUCGAGGGAUCAUUAAAUUGAUCAUCUCUGCCAUCUUGACGUCCUGAUCAGAUCGUUCAAGAUGCCUCCUCCACCGCAUAUCCGCCCUGAGAAUGUGCUCAGACGAGCACAAGAACUCAUCGCCGUCGGUCAAUCACCAGCCGCUCUCAAUGUCCUUCACGAACAUGUCACCUCCAAGCGCUCCCGCAAUAGUCCUAUUGCCUCUCUCGAGCCGGUUAUGCUUCUCUUCGUCGAGUUGUCUGUUGAUCUCAGAAAGGGCAAAUCGGCCAAGGAUGGACUCUAUCAAUACAAGAACAUUGCGCAGAACACGAAUGUUGGAACCAUCGAGUUGGUCUUGAAAAAAUUCAUCGAACUCGCCGAGCAAAAGGUCCAAGAAGCGCAGGAAAAGGCCGAUCAGGUUCAAUCUUCAAUCGAAACUGCCGCUGCAACUUCCACCAACCUCAACAUCGAAGAUCUCGAAGCCACCGAAACCCCAGAAACCAUUCUCCUGGCUACUGUCUCUGGAGAACAGUCCAAGGAUCGCACUGAUCGAGCAAUUGUGACACCCUGGUUGAAGUUUCUGUGGGAAACAUAUCGCACAGUCCUCGAAAUCCUCAAGAACAAUGCUCGUCUGGAAGUCAUGUACCAGAGCACAGCGCAUCAAGCCUUUGACUUCUGCCUCAAGUACACCAGAAAGACCGAAUUUCGACGUCUCUGCGAACUGCUCCGAAAUCAUGUUCAGAAUGCUGCGAAAUACUCUUCUCAGAUGCAUGCCAUCAACCUCAACGAACCAGACACUCUGCAGCGCCACCUCGACACCCGCUUCCGACAGCUCAAUGUUGCGGACGAACUCGAGCUUUGGCAAGAAGCCUUCCGCAGUGUUGAAGAUAUCCACAUGCUCUUGACGCUGUCCAAACGUCCUGCAAAGAACAUCAUGAUGGCAAACUAUUACGAGAAACUCACCAAGAUUUUCUUGGUUAGUGACAACUUCCUCUUCCAUGCCGCCGCCUACAACAAGUACUACAACCUUCUCCGCCAAUCUUCUGCCACCCUGGCAGCCGGCCAAGGUACAAAGCGAGACAAUCCUGCAGUCAGUGAGGAAAGCCUGACCAAAGCUGCUUCAUUCGUCCUACUCUCUGCUUUGGCCAUUCCCGUCAUCAGCACAUCUCGAUCUCGUGGCGCGCUUGUUGAUGUUGAUGAGGCUCGCAAGAAUAAGAAUCAGCGAUUGACCAACCUCCUCAGCAUGCAAACUGCACCAACAAGAGCAGGUCUCUUCAAGGAUGCACUCAGCAAAGGUCUUCUCAAGAGAGUCCGCCCAGAGAUCAGAGAUCUCUACAACAUCCUCGAAGUUGACUUUCAUCCACUCUCAAUCUGCAAAAAGAUUUCGCCCAUUCUAGCCAAGAUUGGGGCCGACCCUGAGAUGGAGAAAUAUGUGCUUCCCCUUCAACAAGUCAUUCUUACACGACUGUUUCAGCAACUCUCCCAAGUCUAUGAAUCAGUCGACCUUAAAUUUGUCACGAAACUCGCUCAGUUCCCCGCUCCUUUCGAGGUGAGCCCGGCUGCGAUCGAGAAGUUUAUCAUGAAUGGCUGCAAGAAGGGCGAUCUUGCCAUCCGCCUUGAUCAUGUUUCAGGCAUCCUGGCUUUCGACUCCGAUGUUUUCUCCUCCACCAAGGUCUUGCCGACUGGCUCCGCCGAUACCGAUGCGGGCUCGGUACAGAGACUUCAAAACACUCCUGCAGAAAUCGCACGAUCUCAAUUGACACGGCUUGCAAAGACCCUCCACGUCACUGCAAUGUACGUUGACUCCUCAUACAUCCAGUCCCGCCUGGCUUCGAGAGAAUCUGCCUUGGCUCGUGCAGAGGCAGGCAUUGCUCAGGAACACGAGGAUCUUCUGAGAAGACGAAUCGUCAUCGAGAAGAAGAAAGAAGCCUUCAGCGAGGCACUCUCGAAACGACAACGAGAGGAGGAAACCCGUCGUCGCAUUCGUGCCCAACAGCAAGCUGAAGCCGAGUCCCAGCGUCUGCGAGAUGAGACCAAAGCCCGUGAAAUCAAACGUCUUAAGGAUGAGCAGGCUCGCAUCCGUCGACAAGAAAUGGAGAAGCAGUUGGAAGAGCUGAAGGGUGGCUUGAAGAUCGAUUUGGACGAGCUCAACAUUGAUGAACUCGACUCGAACGCCAUUCGAAUGCUCAAGCUCACUCAACUCGAGAAAGACAAAAAUGAAAAAGACAACAAGAUUCGUGUGACAGCCAAGCGAAUCGACCAUCUCGAGCGAGCAUUCCGUCGGGAGGAACUCAAAUACGAGACCGAAGAUUACGAGAAGCAGCGACAAGCCGACAUCAAAGCUUACGAAGCGGCUACCGCGCACACCCUCAAAGAGGCACAGAUCAAACACAAGGAAGGUCUUGCUCUCAAGCAUCGUCUCAGUCGACUUGUGAAAACCUAUGACACCUUCAAGGGCCAGAUUACAGAACGACGCGCCACGGAGUUUGAGCGACUUCGAAAGCGAGCCGAGCGAGAGUUCGAAGAAGAGAAGCGGAAGCGUAUUCGAUCCUACCAUGAGGAGCAAGCCCGCCAGCGUGCUGCCGCAGAGGAAGAGGAACGACGUGUCCGUGAAGAAGAAGAGAGACGUCAACGAGAGGAAGAAGAAAAGGCACGACUCGAAGAGGAGAGGAAGAGGGCUGCCGAGGAACGACGACAGAGACUCGAAGCCGAACGAGCAGAGCGGGAUGAGGCAGCCAAGAAGCAAAUGGCACGAGAAGAAGAAGCCGCAGCCAGAAGAGCCGCACGAAGAGACGUCGGGCCGGUCCCAACACGACGACCUGAAGCGCCAUUCAUGGACAGCCGAUCCGACUCUCAAGAAGGACGCACUGCCCCUCGUCUUGCUCUCGCUGGAAAGACUGGUGGCGGUGGCUGGCGAGACCGCAUGGCUGCCAAAGAUGCUGGAGCAGCCAGCGGUGCAUCAUCUUCAGCCACACCGGAAGCCUCACCAGCUCCAGCUCCAGAGCCAGCCCAAGCUCCACGUCGCCCUGGCGGGUAUCUUCCACCUCACUUGCGGGAGGGUGCCGGCUCACGCAGUGGUGAAGCGCCUCCUCGCGAUCUGCCCGUUCGCAACGCCUCCACCUCACCAGCCAACGCUGGCGGCGCUGGCGGCGCUGGUGGCAAGUACGUCCCGGCACAUCUGAGAGAAGGACGUAGCAACUCUCGGGACAACGCCAGGUCUCCAGGACCUCCCAGCGGCGAUGAUGCCCCCAGAAGACCUACUCCAACCACAACCUCAACCACCGGCAAGUACGUGCCUCCUAGCCAGCGCAACCGUGGCUAGACAAGCAAUGCCGCGUGUGGUCUUUGGGUGCAUGGGUGGCUAUCUGACGCAAGUUGAUAUUGCUAAAGGUUCUCGCGGGUGUUUGGACGGUAUGAACUGGUUUUCCGUUCAAUGCCGACAAAAUUGCGCAUAUGUAUUCUAGGUUUUCCUUCUUCGUAGAGUCGUCGGAGCUGCCGUCAGGCAAGUAGGUGCAUCGCCCGUCGUGACAUGACAUGACUGGCACAGCAUCACCGAGCACUGAUGGCGUCGAGACGUCCAGAUCAAGCAAUACAUAGAAUGAAUGAUCAAUCGAGCGUGUGGAAUUUAUGAUUUAAUAUGACGG